UUUCACUUGCCUAUUCUCCCUCCUGUCACAUGUAGCCCUCUAUUCAAUCUUCUGUGAUUUACCCCCAAAUUAGCUGCACCAUUAUCGUCGGCGACCCCACCGCCGGCGACGGGACACGGCAAGCCAGGUCUCCUUCCACCGGAAUCUGCCCUCGUCGUGAGGCCUCGCCGUCCUCGUCCUGCUGCCCGCCUAUACUGGUACUGGACUGGCGUGGAGCGGACAUCCAUCCGGACUCGGAUCGAUUCCUCCUGUCGCUAUUAGUUGCGGAUUUGUGCCUACCAAGUACUAAUCCAACCCAUUCAUCCAUCCACGGUUCGAUUAGGUUCGUCUUCUCCAUUGCGCAAGAUCAAUCUCAGUUGAUGCCAUAGGAGAAUUGGUGCCAUAGUUGCGUGUGCCAUUUUCCAAAACAUUUGGGGAUUCAAUUGAGCCCUAUGCCCCGCGUCAACCCCCCCGCCGGCAUGCCCCCUUAUCACCACCGGUCGCUCCCCGGCCCCGGCCAGGGUCCAGUCCCGCCCCACGGGAUGAUGCACCAGGAGGUCCGGGACCCGUACGGGCCGGCGAUGCACCCCCUGCUGGGGCACGGGCCUGGGCCUUUUCCCUACGACAUGUUGCCUCCGCUGCUGCCGCUGGAGGUCCUGGAGCAGAAGCUCGUGGCGCAGCACGGGGAGAUGCAGAAGCUGGCGGUGGAGAACGACCGGCUCGCUGCGAGCCAUGGAUUGCUGAGGAAGGAGCUGGCUGCGGCGCAGCAGGAGCUGCAGAGGCUGCAGGCGCAGGGGGAUGCGGCGAAGGCCGCCGAGGAGCAAGAAAUGAGGGGGCUCCUUGACAAGGUUGGGAAGAUGGAGGCUGACCUGAAGGCCUGCGACCCCAUGAAGGUGGAACUGCAGCAGGCGCACGCGGAGGUGCAGAACCUUGUGGCAGUGAGGCAGAACAUGGUGGUGAACGUGCAGAAGCUGAGCAAGGACUUGCAGAGGAACCUUGGUGAGGCGCAGCAGCUUCCAGCACUCAUGGCUGAACGGGAUGCUGCUAGACAAGACUAUCAGCACCUCAGGGCUACUUAUGAGUAUGAAAGGAAACUCAGGGUGGACCACUCCGAGUCGUUGCAGACAAUGAAGAAGAAUUACGACUCCAUGGUUACGGAGCUGGAAAAACUUCGUACUGAGUUGAGGAAUGCGGCUAAUCUUGAAAAAAGUGGUAUUAUGUACAAUAUUAAUAUUGCUCAAAAGGAUGAUCGUACAUCUAGCCAUAUUUCUGUUGGACAAAUUGCUUAUGAUGGUGGUUAUGGAGGUGCACAGGCAAGGACAACUCCUACUGGUCUGGCAGACCCUUUAAGUGGAAGCCCAGCUGGGACUGCUCGUUCUGGACUUGAGUCAUCAAGAGGCAAUACAUACGACACUUCUCGUGUUGCUAGUAUCAGUUAUUCAAAAGCUGGAAUGCAUGAUGUAUCAAGGGGUGCUGCUGGCUAUGACUCAUUAAAGGGUGCUGGUUAUGACGCUUUGAAGGCACCUGCAAUUGGAGGACAGGCGGUAGCUACAGCAGCUCAUGGGAGCAGCGCUGGUUACUAUGGAUCAAAUCAGGCAACACCGCCUCCAUAUGCAUGGGGACAAUCUGCAUCCACCUAUGGAUCUGUACAGAUGCCACCGUCAUACGCAUCUGGGUCUGCCACAUCAUCCUACUGCGCAGCAACAGGGCGUCCCUAUGGCUCAGCUCAGGCGCUACCAUCAUAUGGACAAACACAGGCACCAUCCGCUCUUGGACACACACAGCUACCAUCAUCAUAUGGGUUAGCACAGGAACCAUCUCCCUUCGCCGCUGCACAGGGGUCCUCUCCCUAUGGGUUAUCUGUGCAGCCUCCAGCCUAUGGAUCUGGGCUAGCAUCAGCUAAUGCUAGCAGUAAUUAUGGAGCUCCUCAUGGACGUAAAUAAAUUGGCUGCAAAUGUCUACUGAUGUGGUCUUAUUUGCAAAAGAGAGAUUUGUACGCUGGAUCUGAGAAGAAUCUCUGUUACAGUCGGUAAAAGAUAAUCUUUGUAAACAUGUUUCGUGAUGCUUCUAAAGCAUCUUUGUUUUAUACCCUUAAGGUUAGGCAAGAGUAGUGAAUUCUGAUAUGAGAUGUACUAUUGGUUUUAUCUCUUACAUCCAUUGCCUAUUAGUUGAAAUGCUGCAUGUAAGAUAUGAGAUGCACACUGCAAAUACUGAUGCUAAAUCAUAGCAUGUUGCUGGGGCCUCCAUCGUUCCGGUUCCCAAUCUUCAA